AUGUUACAGAGUAUAGUCCUUUCCGUGUGUGUGUUUAUGCUGCACACAGUUGCUGCAAGCGGACCUCAGUCUUACCAAAAGUUGGAUUUCACAAAUGUUGGUUUCACAGGAUCUUACGUAAAUGUGAAUAAGUUUAAAGAUAUCACCAAUAAUGACUCCUGUACGUGUGAAGUGGGUGACAGAGUAUGGUUUAGUGGUAAAAACGCUCCACUAGCUGACUAUUUAUCUGUUCAUUUCCGUGGACCAUUGCAGUUGAAACAAUUUGCUUUCUACACUUCCUCUGGAUUUACUGUCAACAACAGUAGAAGCUCUUCUGAUUGGAACCGUCUCGCCUACUACGAAUCCAGUUCCAAAACCGCCGAUAACGUUACUUUCCUAAACCACGGAGGUGAAGCAUCUCCUUGUUUAGGAAAUGCUUUGUCCUACGCUAGUUCCAACGGUACUGGCAGCGCCAGUGAGGCUACUGUUUUGGCAGAUGGUACUUUGAUUUCUUCUGAUCAAGAAUAUAUAAUCUACUCAAAUGUCUCAUGUCCAAAAUCAGGAUAUGACAAGGGUUGUGGUGUUUAUCGUAGUGGUAUUCCAGCUUACUAUGGGUACGGUGGUACAACAAAAAUGUUUCUGUUCGAGUUCGAAAUGCCUACUGAAACUGAGAAAAACAGCAGUUCUAUUGGGUACUAUGACUUGCCUGCUAUUUGGUUGCUGAAUGACCAUAUUGCAAGGACUUCUCAAUAUCCAACCAAUGCCAAUUGUUCAUGUUGGGCUAGUGGAUGUGGUGAAUAUGAUAUUUUCGAAGCUAUGAACGGUACGGAAAAAAACCAUCUCUACUCUACCUUCCAUACUUUCCAAGGGAUUGAAGAUUUGGGUACUGGUAUCCAAUCUUACGGAUAUAUUUCAAGAAAUACUACAGGAACCAUGAAAGGUGGUGUUGUUUUUGAUUCCAGCGGAAAUGUCGUCUCUUUCAUAUCCGAUGCCACCCCAUUCAAUGGAACCGUUUCCGCUGAUACCGUUAACGAGUUACUAGCUGCAGUUCCUGAAAGCGAAACCUAUUCUUCUCAAUUGGUGAGCAUUUCUGCCACUGCACCUUCUACCACUUCAAAAUCCAAUGGUAUUGCUCUAACGAAGAUGCAAAACGGUGUAUGGUAUUAUAUUUUGGCCAUCUUCACUGCCUUUACUCAAGUGGUUUUGAUUUGA